AUGGUGCGGUUUGUCAUGCUCGCGGUGUGCGCCGCCGUGCUUCUGCUCGCCGUGGCGGCGGGCGGCGCGGCGGCGCAGGGCGUGGGCUCGGUCAUCACGCGGCAGGUGUACGACACCAUGCUGCCCCACCGGGACGACUCCAUCUGCGAGGCCAAGGGGUUUUACACGUACGAAGCCUUCAUCGCCGCCGCCAGCACCUUCCCGGAGUUCGGCACCACCGGCAGCGCAGACGACGUGAAACGCGAGCUCGCUGCCUUCUUCGGCCAGACCUCGCACGAGACCACCGGUACGUCAGUCGGAGGACCCCAGUUCCAAUGGGGCUACUGCUUCAAGGACCAGAUAGACAAGACCAUGCUUGCACCCUACUAUGGACGGGGACCGAUUCAAUUAACAGGGCAGUCCAACUACGAUCUCGCCGGCAAAGCGCUGAAAUUGGAUCUGGUAAACAACCCGAACCUGGUGUCCACGGAUGCCGAGGUGUCCUUCAGAACGGCCAUGUGGUUCUGGAUGACGGCGCAGGACAACAAGCCGUCGUGCCACGACGUUGCCCUCCGCCGCUGGACGCCGACGGCCGCCGAUACCGCCGCUGGGCGGGUUCCCGGCUACGGAGUGAUCACCAACAUCAUCAACGGCGGGAUCGAUUGUGGCAAAGGCAUGAACCCUUCGAACGUCGACCGCAUCGGCUACUACACGCGCUAUUGCGGCAUACUCGGCACGGCCACCGGGGACAACCUCAACUGCUACACCCAGCAGAACUUCGCUACCUAG